AUCAAUUAACUAAGCAGUUGGAUUUGAAAAGCAAUAAAAAUCCUUAUUAGGUAGGCCUCGGAGGUCGGGCGGAUUAGUCGGCGGUCAAAUAGUGUUAGGUUAGACGUUUCCCUCGUUCGACCCCCCGUAAGUUUCAAUCGCACACACCCACCAUCGCAUCAUCCAUCGCAUCACCUCACAUCACCAACUCUUUCUUUCCUCUUCCUCUCUAUUUAUUCCUACCCCAUUUCUAACUACCUUUUAUACCUAAACUCUUUACGUAUUGGACCAAAUUCUAUCACCUUACUCAAUACGGACGAGUUGUUUUCUAUCUACCCUCAAAUCCAAGGGGUUUUAAACAGGGAACAGGGAAAAUUCUGGUGGUUUUUAUUAAUAAAAAAAAAAAAGAACUUACGGUUUCGAGGCUGCCUGCAUCGAAACCUUCUAACACUACCACCUCCAUGUCGGUAUAGUCACUUAAACUAAAGGGACGUCCAAUCAAGCCUGACGAAACCCAUUUUGAACGCCUACCUACGAGAAUUCGCCCCCAUCUGUACCUACAUCGCAGCCAUCGUCGACAUACAUAUUUGCCAUAAUCUCCAAAAACCCCCCCAUUUGAACUCGCUUGCCACCAAGCAAAAUGGUCCUCACGCACACGACCAACCAUACCUAUGCUCACCCAUUUCCAACCGUCACCCUAGCCUUCUUCCUCCGCUACUACUCGCCGCAACUUAAUCCCUUCUCCAGCCAUGUUCUCUCUACCGAUACCAUAUCCUCUCAUGUCGACCCGGACACUGGUCGCCUACACACCGUGCGUGUCCAUAUGAAGAAGACACGCUUGCCAUCCGCGGUAGUGAAAAUCUUGCCUUCUAGUGUUACCGGUGGGGGAGGUGACAAGUCAAGCUAUGUUCUCGAGACUAGUGUUGUGGAUAUCAAGGAGGGCUGGAUGAAGACCGAGAGCCGCAACAUGAAUUAUACGGGGGUAUUGAGUGUUGUAGAGGAACAACACUAUUCGACCACUCCUCCCGACCAGGCCACUACUUCGACCCCGUCGCCCAAUCCUGCAGCGAUGAUCAGGUCCUCAGCUGCUCCCUCGACACAGAAACCGCUGUUCCCAAACACCUUCGUCACAACUACGUUUUGCUAUCAGUCUACGCUAGGUGGCAAGAAGCCCGAGAGGGCAGUGGCCAAAUCGACAGAUGAUGCCAAAGAACCCAGGCCUCAGCGAUUUGGCGAGUGGAUCUCUGGUUGGGGGGCCAAAAGGAUCCAACAGAGCAUCGAAUCCAUCGCUUCCAACAAAACAGACGACCAGAUGAUCAAGUCACGGGAUGGGAUGCGCAUCGUACUGGAACGACUGCGAAGCAACGGAGUGGUCGCCGUGCUCAGGGAACUGAGAAGGCGGGAAGGGAAAAGCGUCUUCGACCAGCAAUGAUGCAAUCACCAUCAUUAUUAUUCCGGAUGGAUGACUGGCAAGACUCACAUUGAAGGACGAGGAAAAGCACAAAUCUGUAUAUCCACGUGCGAUGUUUCAAACUUAGCAAGGCGUUGGGGAAAUUAUUAUUUCGCCGGAAGGGGAGGGGAGAGCGAAAGAAAAAGUGGCUUGGUGAUCGAAAGGGAAUAACUGGAAGUCUUUUUUUACGUAUUAGUUACGACCGACGAAAGGUUUUUUUGGUCAAACCGGGUGUUGAAGUUCAAUUUUAACGAUAUCAAAUCAGGAGAGGAGAAUGGGACAGAGGGAGAGAUGAUGGCAAGGCUUUUUUCUGGACAUAUGGAUACUGCUACUGCUACUGCUACUACUACUACUACUCUUAACAAAAACGACUAUGAUUCGUACGGUGUGGUGGCAUAGUGUAGUGUGGUGUGGUGUAGUCCGCUCAUUACUCCCCUCAUGUAAUCAAGCAAAUGAUUAAACCUUUUUUUUUGC